AUGACCUACGAGUUCAAGGGCUGGGCCGGUUACGACGAGAAGGCGGCCGACGGCGGGCUCAAGUACGAGGCGUUUGAGCCCAAGGUGUUUGAGGAGGACGAUGUGGAUGUCAAGAUCCUCUACUGCGGCAUCUGCGGCUCGGACGCCUCGGUCCUCGCGGGCGAGUUUGGGCCCAUCGAGGCGGGCCGCGUGGCGGGGCAUGAGAUCGUCGGCGAGGUCGUGCGUGUGGGCGCGCAGUCGGGCGGGCUGGCCGUCGGCGAUGUCGUUGGCAUCGGGGCGCAGACGGAUUCGUGUCUCGCGUGCGAGUUCUGCGAUGCGCACAAGGAACAGUACUGCGCCACGCCCACGCUCACCUUUGGCUCGCCGUACGUGCGCGGCAAGUCGGCCGGCACGAUGUGCAAAGGAGGCUUCGCGACGACGUGGCGCGGCCCAGCACACUUCGCCAUCAAGCUGCCUGCCGGGCUCGACCCGGCCGCGGCCGCGCCGCUCUUCUGCGGCGGCGUGACGGUCUACACGCCCCUCAAGCGCUGGGGCGCCGGGCCGGGCAAGCGCGUCGGCGUGCUGGGUAUCGGCGGGCUGGGACACAUGGCUAUCCAGAUUGCCAAGGCGAUGGGCGCGGACGUGACUGCUAUUUCGCGGGGUAGCGGCAAGGAGGCCGACGCGCGCAAGCUCGGCGCGAGCAAGUACAUCGCCACUGGCGCCGACCUCGCCGCGGACUUUGCGCCGCACGCGCGCUCGCUCGACCUGAUCAUCAGCACGAUCAACCCGCCGAAAGUGGAUGUCGCGGCGUACCUUGCCCUGCUGCGGCCUGAAGGCGCGUUCGUGCUCGUCGGCGCCGUCGUCGAGCCCAUCACGUUCCACUCGUUCCCCCUCAUCACGGGCGCGGUCAGCGUCGGCGGCAGCAACACCGGGAGCCCGGACGAGAUCCGCGAGCUGCUCGCGCUGGUGGCUAGCCACCCUGAAGCGGCACCAUGGGUCCAGAAGUGGGCGUUCGAGGACAUCAACAAGGCGCUUCCCGAGUUCAACAAGGGCGCGCCGCGGUACCGCUUCGUGCUGGCCAACACGGAGAACGGGGCCAAGUUGUAG